GGAUGAUCGACUGCCUAAACGGCUCUCAGGGAACUCAGGCCCGGCAACGCCUGCCGAACGCCGGGAGAAUGUGCUCCAGCACGCAGGAAUGUUUUCCGGAAGUUCGCGCGCGGGCGGGGGAGUUGCACGAUGAGCAUCACCACAGCAGCCUUGCGUUACGGCUAAAUACCCACAGACGGUGGGGGGAAGUGAAUAGAGUGUUGCGGGGCAAGCAACGUGGGGGAGAGGACGGACCGGGUGAGAUGUACACAGUACAUACGACGAGGCAAACGGAGUUGAACAGAGGGGGGUAUAAAUGAAGCUCAAUCCCGCUGGGUGGGAAUGGGAGCUCAUCAGUGCGGCGCGCUCUUCGUACCAGAACACCUACAAUACUAAACCAGAAGAUCGAUCAGUAUGCGGUUCCGCGAUGGCAUGUGGCUCUUCAGGGAGGACUUCAGGGUCGAGUUCGCAGAGGACGUGCAUAAAGUCGACCAAGGGCCCGAUGGAGCUCUCAGUCUGCUCUGCCCCACACGCCAGAUCCUUGCCCGUGGUAGCACGCUCAAUCAGCCCACGGUUACCAUUGACAUCGAGCCAGCCUUCGACGAUGUAAUCUCAAUCACCGCCCGCCAUUGGAAAGGCGCCCGAGUUCUGGGUCCCAGCUAUCCUCUGUACCCGGACGGCAAACCGUCUCUCACCAGUGCGGCCAGCACUUCACCGGAGGGGACCACCCUGACAGUCGGAAACCUCUCCUGCACUGUCUCCAGCGCGCCGCACACCUUCGACAUCCAGUUCCGGGAUGCCACCACCAACGAGGCCAUCACCUCCCUCGGUGCGCGGUCCAUCGGCUUCGCCUACAAUCCUCCCCCGGGCUCUCCCAUGCAGCUAGGGGACAUGACCAAGUUCAACCACUACAUGUUCACACAGCACAAUCUGGGCGUCGGAGAGAGCAUAUACGGGCUGGGAGAGAGGUUCACGCCGUUCAAUAAAGUCGGACAACAGGUCACCCUGUACAAUGCCGACGGCGGAACGUCGAGCGAACAGGCGUACAAGAAUGUUCCGUUUUAUAUCUCGAGUGCCGGUUAUGGUAUCUUCAUCGAUCACCCGGAACCGACGGAUCUGGAGAUCGGAAGUGAGAGGACCUGUAGGCUGCAGACGAGCGUCAAGGGACAGAGAAUCAAGUGGUACAUCAUCUACGGUCCCAAUCCGAAGGAGAUCCUGAGGAAGUACUCGAUCCUCCUCGGAAAGCCGGCCAAAGUCCCCAGUUGGUCGUACGGGCUGUGGCUAUCAACUUCGUUCACCACGAACUACGACGAAGCCACUGUCGGAAGUUUCCUGGACGGCAUGAAAGAGCGCGAGAUCCCCGUGCACGUAUUCCAUUACGACUGUUUCUGGCUGCGGGAGUUUCACUGGUGCGACUUCGUCUUCUCUGAGGAGCAUUUCCCAGAUCCCAAAGCGAUGAUGGCGCGCUUGCGAGCCAAAUUCCCCGGCAUCAAAUUCUGCGUGUGGAUCAACCCUUAUCUAGGCGACGCCUCGCCGGUGUUCGCCGAGGCGGCGAAGAAGGGCUACCUCCUGAAGCGCACGAACGGGGACGUAUGGCAGUGGGACCUCUGGCAGGCCGGUAUGGGGCUGGUGGAUUUCACCAACCCGGCGGCGUGUGCGUGGUACGUUUCGAAGCUAGAGUACCUCUUCGACGUGGGCGUGGACUGUCUCAAGACGGACUUCGGCGAGCGCAUCCCGGACACGGACGUGGCGUGGUUCGACAAAACCGUCGAUCCGACGAAGAUGCACAACUUCUACUCGUUCAUGUACAACGAGUUGGUGUACACCGCGCUGCAGAAGCGCUACGGCGCCGACCAGGCAGUCCUGUUCUCGCGCUCCGCCACCGCCGGCACACAGCGCUUCCCGCUGCAGUGGGGCGGCGACUGCGAGUCCACCUACGAGGCCAUGGCCGAGUCGCUCCGCGGCGGUCUCUCCCUCGGCCUGUCCGGCUUCGCGUACUGGUCGGUGGACAUCGGCGGCUUCGAGGGCAAGCCGCGGCACGACGUGUACAAGCGGUGGGUGGCCUUCGGGCUGCUAUGCUCACACUCACGUCUCCACGGCUCGAACUCCUACCGCGUCCCCUGGGCGAUCGAUGACGAGUCCAGCGACGUCCUACGAACAUUCGUGGACCUGAAGUGCCGCUUGAUGCCGUACCUAUACGCGCACUCGAUGGCCUCGACCGAAUCCGGCCUGCCCGUCUCCCUGCGCGCAAUGUUCCUCGAGUUCCCAGACGACCCCACGGCCUGGUCCCUCGAUAGGCAGUACAUGCUCGGCGACGCGCUGCUGGUCGCCCCCGUGUUCAACGAGAAGGGCACGGUGACGCUCUACCUCCCUGCCGGAAGGUGGACUGCGUUCUUUACGGGACACACGGAGGUCGGCCCGAAGUGGGUUACCGAAAAGCACGCGUUCGAUAGCAUCCCGCUGUAUGUGCGCGAGGGAACGAUCCUCCCCCUAGGUAAAGUUGGCGAGAAACGGGUGGUGUACGAUUACACGAAGGAUCUGGAGAUUAGAGUGUUCACUCCCACCGUUGAGAAGUGGAGGACCACGCAGCUGGUCGACUCCGAGGGAGAGAGCGUGGGCGCGCUGUGUGUGAACGAUGGAGUCCUGGAAAUUAACGCGAAGCUCGAGGGGGACCUCACCGUGCGAGUCGAUGGGGCACAACCGGAAAUGAAUCUCAAGGGCGUUACAAGGAUGAGCUUGUAACUUUUAUGUGGCUUGUAACUUCUAUGUAACUUCCAUGUAACUUCUGUGGAGAUUUUGAACCGGAGGGAGAGAAUACUAUUGUUGGUAGUAUUGGUAGACAGUCAUGGAUGCGAGUGAUGGAAGGUGAAUUGGAAGUGACGAG